CCCUCAUGAGGUUUAUAAUCCACAUAGACGGAUAACUUAAAGACAGUAUAAAAGACCCAAGAUAAAAGCGCACACACUAGUUAAAGGUCCGGUUGCUGCAUGACUGCUUGGUCAAUCAACCAGACACUAAGUAAGUGUCAUGUUAUUGACAGCUCAUAACUGUCAUCGUAUCUUAUGCAGAAGAGCAAAGGAUUUCUAAAUGUACAGAAUCUGUUGAUGAUAUCAUGUCUUCAGCUGGCAAUGUCUACAAUGUGUCAUUUGAUUUAUCUCUUCAGGGCUUCGAUCUGUCUCCUGAGAAGGCCAUUGUUGCGUUUGUCUUUGCCGCUCUGAAUUAUAUAAUUAUAUUGUUCUGCAACUCCUUCCUCCUGUUCACAAUCAUAACCAAUAAGGGUCUUCAUGAACCGAUGUACAUUCUCCUGUUGAAUUUGCCAAUUAAUGACCUCAUAGGCUCCACUGCCUUGUUCCCUCAUAUCAUGCGGGAGCUCCUGUUUGACACCAGGACCAUGUCGUUCUCCAUUUGUAUCACUCAGGCUUUCUUUAUACAUGUAUAUGCUCUGUCUGCGGUCUUUAUCUUGACUGCCAUGGCAUACGACAGAUAUGUUGCUAUCUGCCAGCCAAUGAGAUACAUUACCAUUAUGAGCAACGUUCACCUCAUGAAGAUCAUCUCGUUGGUUUGGCUCUCUAAUUUGACACUGAUAGCCGUGCUUUUCAUUCUCCUCCUGCGUUUGCCUCGCUGUAGGUCUUACCUUACCCAUCCGUACUGUGACAAUCCCUCCCUGCUUCAGUUGGUCUGUGGAGACACGACCAUUAAUAACAUUUAUGGACUGUUGUUGACAGCUGUCUGUCAGGUGAUAUCAGUUGGUCUGAUUUUGUACACAUACCUACAGAUCCUCAUAGCCUGCUUUCGCAACAAAAGCUCUGACACGAGAAGUAAAGCUCUGCAGACGUGUGGUACACAUCUAGUUGUCUUUAUCUUGUUUGAGUGUUUGGGUCUUUUCACGAUCAUCUCAUACAGGAUAAAAGAUAUUUCUCCUCACUUAAGAAAAUUCAUUGCGGUUGCUGCUAUGAUAUUGCCACCGACAAUGAAUCCUGUUAUAUAUGGAAUGAGAACUAAAGAAAUCAGGGUCAAAGGGACCAAAUUUUUCAAGAAAAAAGUUUUUGCAUUGUGAACAAAUAACUUUAGAAUCACAGUUUAG